CUUCGCACAAUCCGGAAGUAGCCGCUCUGGUCCCGCAUCUCUCCUUUGCCCCCUCUUCCUUCCAAAAUGGCGCCGCUGGACUUGGAUAAGUAUGUGGAGAUCGCGCGGCUCUGCAAAUACCUGCCCGAAAACGACCUCAAGCGCUUGUGUGACUACGUUUGCGACCUGCUCUUAGAAGAAUCAAAUGUGCAGCCAGUUUCUACCCCUGUUACAGUUUGUGGCGAUAUCCAUGGACAGUUUUAUGAUUUAUGUGAAUUGUUCAGAACCGGAGGCCAAGUCCCCGACACAAACUACAUAUUUAUGGGAGAUUUUGUAGAUAGGGGCUAUUACAGCCUUGAGACGUUCACUUACCUUCUGGCCCUGAAAGCGAAAUGGCCUGAUCGCAUCACACUCCUUCGAGGAAAUCACGAAAGCAGGCAGAUAACCCAAGUGUAUGGAUUUUAUGAUGAGUGCCAAACCAAAUAUGGCAACGCUAACGCCUGGAGGUAUUGCACUAAAGUGUUUGACAUGCUCACAGUAGCAGCGUUAAUAGAUGAGCAAAUUCUCUGUGUCCACGGAGGCCUGUCUCCAGACAUCAAAACGCUUGAUCAGAUCCGAACCAUUGAGCGCAACCAGGAGAUCCCGCAUAAAGGAGCUUUCUGCGACCUGGUUUGGUCAGACCCAGAAGAUGUUGACACGUGGGCCAUUAGUCCCCGAGGGGCUGGCUGGCUGUUUGGGGCCAAAGUCACCAACGAGUUUGUUCACAUCAACAACCUAAAGCUCAUCUGCCGGGCCCACCAGCUGGUCCACGAAGGCUACAAGUUCAUGUUCGACGAGAAGCUGGUGACGGUGUGGUCGGCCCCCAACUACUGCUACCGCUGCGGCAACAUCGCCUCCAUCAUGGUCUUCAAGGACGUCAACACGCGGGAGCCCAAGCUCUUCCGCGCCGUCCCCGACUCGGAGCGCGUCAUCCCCCCAAGGACCACCACGCCGUACUUCCUCUGAAACACUUCUCCCGUCUUUUCCUUCUUCAUAUCCUUCUGUGUGACAUACUUUUUAUUGAGCACUUUGCUGCUGAAAUGCUGCCUCUUGCCUUGUUCUUUUUAUUUUUAAAUUAUAUCUAAAUGUGUUGUACAUUGUCGGUAGUGACGCGUCUCUUCUCGACCUCCCUCGGCAUAAAAUAGCAAAAAAUUACUUCCUUUUCCAAGAGUGCUCUGAGCACCUCCCUUCGCUGUUUUAUAAUGCUUCUCAAUUUCCCUCUUUAUUUCUUUUGUUUGGAUUUCCCUCCCUUUUCCAAUAAAAUACAAACAGAGCCAGAACUAGUCCGAUCUCCUUAUUUCACUCGAAUAUUUAUCUUAAGGAUAAAGUUUUAAAGAAAUUUCAGCAGCAAAGUUGUAUUUCUGUGCGUUGACGGGACUUCCAAAGUCCAUCUCUCGCGCAACCAAGAUCUAUAAGAGGGAACGGUCGUGCUUUAUAUUUUGUUUGAAGCAGAUAGAAAUAAGUGGUUUAAAAAAGGAUGCCCAUGCUUUGGUUUUUCUUUUCCCCAAGACUUAUUAUUUUUAUUUUUUAGGAUCCCAAGGAAAAACAAAACACGCCACAGGUAUUUGGAUUUGUACAUUAAAAUAAUUGUUCUGAUUUUUCUCUCAGAUACCUUGUAUUUUUAAUAAAGUCAUAUCUAGAAACUCUGCCUCCAGGUUAAAACGUUGGAAAUAAAAAUCUAUGUUGUUGA